UCGAAGAAAAAUUUAGGCUUUGGAGAAUGGAGAAACAGUCACUACCGAAGAAGCCUCGUCCUCUCGGAGAAUCUCAGUUUCUCCGAUGCGCCGAGUUGAUUCUCCCGUGGCUAAACGCCCCAGAGCUCGCCGCUGUCUCUCUAACCUCUAAAGCCUUAACCUUUGUCUCCAGAUCCAUCACUCUCCGUCGAUCCCUCGACGCCGCACGCUCCCUCGAGAGCCUCCCCGUCCCGUUCCUCAACGCCGUCGAUUCCAAACGCUACGCUGACUUCGCCUACACGCCUUUCCAGAUCCCCGCCACCUCUCCUCCGAUGCGGCAGCGGUGGGGAGGAGGAGCUAGCGAUGCUCCGGUGAGUCAGUUUGAGAUGAAUGUGGUUGGAGAGAGUAUGUAUGGAUGCGAGUGCGAGAGGUGUGAGGAAGGAUACUGCCAGUGCUUAUCACUCGCGGCAGGCGCGGAGAUAGCUAAUGAGUGUGGGUCGGGUUGUGGAUGCGGGUCGGAUUGUCCGAACCGGGUGACUCAAAAGGGGGUUUUGGUUAGGUUGAAGAUUGUUAGAGAUGAGAAGAAAGGUUGGUGCUUGUGCUCUGAUCAGCUAAUCAAGAAAGGCCAAUUCAUCUGUGAAUAUGCAGGUGAGCUGUUGACAACAGCUGAAGCACGUAGACGUCAAACUGUCUACGACAAACUCAGGUCAACGCAACAAUCCUUCUCCUCAGCUCUCCUAGUCAUACGCGAGCACCUUCCUUCAGGACAAGCUUGCUUGAGAAUAAACAUCGACGCCACAAGCAUCGGUAACGUUGCUAGAUUCAUUAACCAUUCUUGCGACGGCGGGAAUCUAUCCACCGUCCUACUGAGAAGCUCGGGGGCUUUGCUUCCUCGCCUAUGUUUCUUUGCAGCGAGGGACAUUGUUGCAGGGGAGGAGUUAUGUUUCAGUUAUGGAGAUGUACGUCUCACUCCAGGGAAGAGCGCAGAGAACAAGUUGAAUUGCUCUUGUGGUAGUUCCUGCUGUUUUGGAACAUUGCCUUGCGAGAACACCUGAUCUUUGUCUCUAUUUAUACUUAUGUCAGAAUUAGAGUUCUGACAGAUUAUUGGUUUUUGAGUAAGUACUAA